ACGUCACACUCCAGAAAUGAAAGUUAAGUUUGUCAGAGUGUCAGCCACGCUCCAGUCGAGACAAGUCUCUGUUUCUCUCUGAAAGAAAAGUCAAACUGACUUCAUCAGGUCUUUCUCAACAACACAGCAGAGUCUCUGCCAAACACUGAUAUGGCUGCUGCAAACUAUCUGUCAUCUGAAGAUCAGUUUCUGUGCUCCAUCUGUCUGGAUGUGUUUACUGAUCCUGUCACCACACCAUGUGGACACAACUUCUGCAAAAACUGCAUCACUGAUCACUGGAAUAUUAGUGACCGGUGCCAGUGUCCCUUAUGUAAAGAGGCCUUUACCACCAGACCUGAUUUGAGGGUCAACACUUUCAUCUCUGAGAUGGUUGCUCAGUUCAGACAGUCAGCUCAACAGAAAGCCAGAAGCAGCAGCUCAGAGCAACAAGUGGCCAAACCAGGAAAAGUUCCCUGUGACGUCUGCACUGGAACCAAACUGAAGGCCCUGAAGUCCUGCCUGGUGUGUCUGGUCUCCUACUGUGAGACUCACCUGGAGCCUCAUCUGACCAUGUCAGGUCUGAAAAGACAUCAGCUGAUCGACCCUGUGGAGAACCUGGAAGGCAGAAUGUGUACGAAGCACGAUAAACCUCUGGAGCUGUUCUGUAAGACCGACCAGACAUGUGUCUGCAUGCUCUGCACUGUUUUAGAUCACAAGACGCAUGAUGUUGUUCCUCUGAAAGAAGAAUGUGAAGGAAAGAAGGCCAAGCUGGGGAAGACAGAGGCUGAAAUUCAGAAGAUGAUCCAGAAGAGACGACUGAAGAUUCAGGAAAUCAAACACUCAGUCGACCUCAGUGAGGAAGAUGCAGACAGAGAGAUAGCAGAAGGUGUUCGGGUCUUCACUUCUCUGAAGGAGUCUGUUGAGAGAGGCCUGAAUGAGCUCAUCGACACGAUCAAAAAGAAGCAGAAAAUAACAGAAAAACAGGUUGAAGCUUUCAUCAAAGAGCUGGAACAGGAAAUCUCUGAGCUGAUGAAGAGGAGCACUGAGGUGGAGCAGCUCUCACGCUCUGAAGACCACCUCCAUCUUCUCCAGAGUGUCCAGUCCCUAAACAUCCAAAAACCUCCACCCAACAAGGACUGGACAAAGGUCAGCGUCCAUCCAUCAUCAUAUGAGGGGACUGUGGUGAAAGCUGUGGCUCAGCUGGAGGAGACACUCAGUAAAGAGAUGAAGAAGCUGCUCCCUGAGUCUGAGCUGAAGAGGGUCCAGCAGUAUGCAGUGGAUGUGACUCUUGAUCGUGAGACAGCACAUCCUCAACUCAUCCUGUCUGAUGGUUGGAAACAAGUGAAUCUUGGUGAAGUGGAGAAGAAUCUCCCAAACAACCGAAAGAGAUUUUCUAAGUGUGUUUGUGUUUUAGGAAAACAGAGUUUCUCUUCAGGCAGAUUUUACUUUGAGGUUCAAGUUAAAGGAAAGACUGAAUGGGAUUUAGGAGUGGCCAGAGAGUCGAUCAACAGAAAGCACAUCACACUGAGCCCUCAGAAUGGUUACUGGACUAUAUGGUUGAGAAAGAGAAAUCAGUACGAAGCUCUUGAUGACCCUUCAGUCCGUCUCUCUCUGAAGUCUCGGCCUCAGAAGGUGGGGGUGUUUGUGGAUUAUGAGGAGGGUCUGGUCUCCUUUUAUGAUGUAGAUGCUGCAGCUCUUAUCUACUCCUUUACUGGCUGCUCCUUCACUGAGAAACUCUUACCAUACUUCUUUACUGGUGAUAUUUAUGGCCGUAAAAACUCUGCCCCUCUGAUCAUCACUCCUGUCAGAGUAAACUAAUCAGAAUCAGAAUACUUUAUUGAUCCCCUCAAGGAAAUUGUUAGUUGCAGUUGCUCACAGUCAUGGUAAAAAAUAAGAGUAAAAAAAAAAGAUAAUCGAUAAGUGUAUAAAAUAGCAUAGGUACAUUGCAAGAAAUAAAAAGUUAAGCAGAAGUAAAAUGAGAUUAUGUUAAAAAGUAAGAUUAGGUCAAAAACGGGACUGUAAACAGGAUUUUAGCAUUACAGAGGUCCAAAUUUAGUUUUUAUUUCCCUGACCUAAAUAUGCGCAUUCUAAGACAUUUGGAGAGCAACUAUUGUAUAACAGUAGCUUCAAAAUCCUGGGGGGGACAGUAAGAAUUCCGCACCUUCCUUUUUCUUUCGGUCUCAUCAUAAUCUUGUUCAUCUCGUCCCUUCCCAUAGGAUAGCUUUGUCUGAAGUACUCUCUUCAUUUUAGUUUGUCUCAGUGAAGAAAUUAAACAAUACAGAGGAGAUCCGGACCUCGGUAUCCCUUAAUGGUAGAUACAGCCAUGGUUGAAAAGAUUCUGUUGCUAAAACAAUAGAUUGUACAAAUGCUAUUGAAGUACAGUGUAAACAUAGAGUACAGUAUAAACAUGAAGUACAGCGUGAACUUAAGUGGCAGCAGUGAAUAAAUAACAGAUAUUGCACAUAACUAUUGUAAUUGUAAUUAUUGCAAAUAGUUGUCCAAGAAUAUUGAGAUUCAGAUGUAGACAUGCGUGUUAUGAGUCCAGUUUUGACAUUGCAAGUGUGUAACACUUGAGGAGGAGUUCUAUAGUUUGAUAUCCA